AUGUUCGCCAUCGCGCACACACCAAAAAAGAAGGUGGCAGACCAGCCCACCACAUCCCCAACUGAGAAGGAGAGGGCAGGACCCUCACCUAAAAUUACGACUACAGCCUCCAGGGUGAUAACCAUAUCACCACCACCAUCAACAAAAACCACUUCAAAGGUGGCUGGUCAGCCAAAGCUGAAAUUGAAGAUAGCGCCUCCCGCUGAAGCACGACCAGUUGCUCGAAGGAAAUCGGUAGACACGCCGACUGCGACCGCUACCUCAACAACAACUACGACAAAAUCGCCACAACCGGCGAAGCUGAAAGGUAGAGCUCAUGAGGGACGGGUCUGGCUUCAGAGGGCGAAAACUCAUGUCAAUGAGUCUCGCAAUCUGAGAACAGACCUGAAGGAAGGCAUGAUCCUGGCAGUUGACAAACUCUACCAGCUGUUGAAGGAAGCAGAGGUCGAACUAGAAGAGGUUAAGAGCAAAAGUAGACAGACAAAUGACAAGGAUAAGGAGGAAAAGAGAGCAAGGGAAGAUAAGAAGGAUACGGAGGCAGCGACAGUGAGUGACGACUCUACGAAACAUUUAGAACUUGUCAAGAUGAUGAAAGAACAAGGGGAAAGGUUAGAAAAGACUAACAUGGAAAUGACAAAGUUGAGAGAGUCAAUAGAGUCUUACAGAACGGACACCCAACAAGCCACCUACGCCAGUGUAACGGCCGACAACAACAGGAGAACCACGAACGAUCGCAGCUCUUUACACUCGAUUGUCGUGUCAUCCAAAGACGAGACGGAAAACAGCGACGACGUGCUUAAGCAAGUACGAAGUGCUGUAAACGCGAAGGAUGGCUGGGUGACGGUGGAGAGGGUCAAGAAGGUUAAGGACAAGAAGGUUAUUAUUGGGUGCAGAACGGUAGAAGAACGGCAGAAAGUUAAGGAGAGGCUCAAGACUAUUGAAAAUCGGCUUUCUGUAGAGGACAUGAAAAACCAAGACCCCAUGCUGGUUCUCAAAGAUGUGCUGUCUUACAACAGCAAUGACGAUAUCGUCACCGCUUUGAGGAACCAGAAUGGGGAGGUCUUCCGUGGCCUCGAAAAGAAGGACGAUAGAGUAGAAUUUAGAUUCCGAAGAAAGGCUAGGAAUCCACUAAUGAGCCAUGUUGUCCUGAGGGUAUCCCCACAGAUUUAUAAUAAACUCAUCAACAUCGGCACGGUGCAUAUCGACAUGCAGCGGGUGAGAGUGGAAGACCAAUCGCCGCUUGUGCAGUGCUCUAUGUGCUUAGCAUACGGACACGGCAGGCGAUUCUGCAAAGAAACCGUGCCGAAGUGUAGCCACUGCGGCGGACUGCACAUGAGAUCGGAGUGUGCGGACUGGUUGGCAACGGCAGCACCGACGUGCUGUAAUUGUGUGGCAGCAAAGGUGGAUACCUCAGUAGAGCAUAACGCCUUUAGCUCGGAAUGCCCGGUGCGUAGGAGGGCAGGCAACCCCACCAGAUGUUAUACAGUGGCCCAAGCAAACCUCCAGAGGAAGGAACUGGCGACUACAGAACUCAUGAUUGAGGCCAGUGAGCGUAAACUCGCAUUUGCGCUGCUCCAGGAGCCAUAUGUGGGUGGGGUGAGGAGGAUGAAGGACUACCGUGGGGCGAGACUCUACCAAAACGCGAUAGUAGGAGAUGGGACUGUGAAGGCGGCAAUCGUUGUCUUCGACGACAGCCUUGACGUCAUCCAGUGCCCGAAACUCACCAACAACAAUAUUGUUGUGGUGAGGAUCCGAACAGCAUCUUGGGAAAUCGCGGCGGUGUCCUUCUACUUCGAACCGGACCAACCCAUAGAGCCAUACCUAGAGCAGCUACGGACCAUCAGAGAGGAGCUGGGUUCGACAUCACUGCUAAUUGGAGGAGAUAGUAACGCAAAGAGUACCUGGUGGGGUAGCACCGUAGAAGACCACAGGGGGAAAGAACUGUCCGGGACCCUGGAAGAGUCUGGGCUUCAGGUACUAAACACCGGUGAUACGCCUACUUUUGACACUAUCAGAGGUGGAAGAGCGUUCACCAGCUACGUAGACAUCACAGCCUGCACCGCAGAUCUACUGGACUUGGUAGAUAACUGGAGGGUAGACCAGAACAUGACGAGCUCUGACCACAACGCCAUACUACUUCAAUUGAGUCUCCGCAAAAGUCGAGGCCUGAGAGUGGAGCGAACCACCAGGCUCUACAAUACAAAAAAGGCGAAUUGGGACAACUUUAAUACAAAACUUUCGGAAUUAAAACUGCAACAUAAAAUUAAUGUCGAAACAAUCCAAAUAAUUAGUAACAAAACUGAAGUAGAGUCACUUGUACAAAAAUAUACAGACAGCAUCACGGCAGCGUGCCAAUCGAGCAUGCCGGCCAAAAAGAGUACUGAAAUACUCAAAGUCCCAUGGUGGAAUGAUGAGCUCGCCAGGCUGAAAAGGGUUACCACUACCUUCAGGCGAAAAAUCAAGAACGCGGCGCCGUACCGCAAAGACAUAGUGGUAGCCCAGUACCUAGAGAAGAAGGAAGCCUACGAGUGCCAAGCCAAGAAAGCCCAAAUAGCAAGCUGGAAGGAGUUUUGCGAGAAACAGGAUCGGGAAGGACUCUGGGAGGGAAUAUAUAGAGUCAUCAGGAGAACCACCAGGAGACAGGAAGACUUGACCCUAACCAAGGACGGUGCAUUCCUAAACCCAAGAGAAUCGGUGAACCUUCUAGCGGAGACAUUCUACCCGAAAGACCUGGAGGCAACAGACAACGAAGACCAUCGCCGGACCAGAGAGGCGGCAGAGCGGGUAAACGACCUGGGUCAUGAUGAACACCAUGAUCCACCGUUUACACCGCUGGAGCUACAGACCGCGGUGGGGAGUUUCAACCCAAAGAAGGCCCCCGGAGCGGAUGGCUUCACGGCAGACAUCUGCAGGAGAGCGAUCUACCAGGAUCUGGACGCCUUCCUUGCCCUGGCCAACAAGUGCCUUGAGAUAGGGCACUUCCCGGACACUUGGAAGGAGGCCACGGUGGUGGUAUUAAGAAAACCGGGCAAGGAAGAUUACACGAACCCCAAAUCAUACAGGCCAAUAGGCCUGCUGCCAGUCUUGGGGAAGAUCCUGGAGAAGAUGGUAGUAGCACGGAUGAAAUGGCACCUAGUACCGCGGAUUAGUACUCGCCAGUAUGGAUUCAUGCCCCAGAGGAGCACCGAGGACGCCCUCUAUAAACUAAUACACCACAUCAAGGGUAAGAUUGGGCUGAAGAAGCUAGUAACCCUAGUGUCAUUGGAUAUAGAGGGUGCCUUCGAUAGCGCAUGGUGGCCGGCCAUCAGAGUCCGACUGGCUGAGGAAAAGUGCCCGGUCAAUAUCAGGAGGCUACUGGAUAGCUACCUCGACUGCAGAAAAGUCAAAGUAAGGUACGCCGGGGAGGAAUGCACGAGGAGCACGAAUAAAGGAUGUGUGCAAGGGUCAAUCGGUGGCCCGAUCCUGUGGAAUAUCCUUCUUGACCCUCUGCUGCAGGAAUUGGAUCGGAGAGAGUACUACGUGCAGGCUUUCGCGGACGACGUGGUGAUGGUGUUCGAUGGGGACACUGGUCUCGAGGUGUCGAGACGGGCCAAUGCCGCUCUAGCCUUUGUUCGGCAAUGGGGAAUCGACAAUAAACUGAAAUUCGCGCCGCACAAGACGUGCGCCAUGGUGUUGACGAGGAAGUUAAAAUACGACGAUCCAUUGCUGAGCAUGGGAGGGGUUGACAUUGGACUGUCAGCGGAAAUAAAAAUACUAGGGCUCACUAUUGAUAACAAGCUGACUUUCAAUUCACACGUGGCCAUCCAGUGUAAAAAAGCACUGGAUAUCUACAAACAGCUUUCCAGAGCGGCCAAAGUCAGCUGGGGCCUACACCAGGACAUCAUUAGGACCAUUUAUGUGGCAACCGUAGAGCCCAUCAUUAUGUACGCGGCAGCGGCCUGGGCGCCUGCGUCGAAGAAGCUGGGGGUGCAGAAGUUGCUCUCUGCAGUGCAAAGGGGCUUCGCUCAGAAGCUAUGUAAAUCUUACCGCACAGUCUCCCUACACUCGGCGCUAGCACUGGCAGGGAUACUUCCUCUCGACCUGAGAAUACAGGAGGCAGCCGCCCUGUACGAGGCAAGGAGAGGGUCGCCCCUGCCAGUUCUAGGAGACAGAGAGACCGAGAGUGCGGUGAGGUUUUCAGAAGCUCCACAUCCGGCCGAACAUAUGAGUCUGGAGUUCAUUAGUCUGGCCGACCAACAACUAGUAAACCAGCACAAUGUGCAAGCAGUACGCAUUUUUACUGAUGGCAGCAAGAUUGAGGGGAAGGUCGGAGCCGCAUUAUCCUGGUGGAAUAAUGAGACUGAGAUCCGGAACCUCAAGCUUGGUCUGUCUGCAUACUGCACGGUUUACCAGGCAGAACUCCUGGCCAUAUGGAAGGCGACGAGCGAAAUCCUAAAAGGGGCAGAAGUGAGCUAUGGUCUAUACAGUGACUCGAGGGCAGCGCUGGAAACGGUCACAAACCAUGACUCGCUUCACCCCCUUGCUGUGGAGACGAGGAAGAACCUGCGGACGGCAUUCACCCAAGGCAAAGCUGUGUCUUUGUUCUGGGUGAAAGCCCAUGCAGGACUUCCAGGCAAUGAACGCGCCGAUGAGCUAGCGAAGGAAGCAGCUUUAGGUUUGAAAAGAAAGCCGGAUUACGAUAAAUGCCCCAUUUCCUUUGCUAAGAAAACAAUCAGACAUGAAUCGCUAAAGGAAUGGAACGAUAGGUACAUCCAAGGGGACACAGCGGCCGUAACAAGAACUUUUCUGCCUGAUGCGUUCCAGGCGUACAGGUUCGCGCGUAAGGUAGGACCGACGGGGAUGCUCACCCAGAUAUUAACAGGACACGGUGGGUUCGCCCAGUACUUGCACCGGUUCAAGUGCAGGGAUAACCCAUCGUGUGUCUGCGACCCGGAAUCUGGAAAUAUGUUUGGUUUCCGCACACCAGCAAAGAGGACGACAGAAGACGUCCAGCAAAAGUCUCCUGAUUCUCCACCAAUUCGAAGACCAGGGAAAGUGAGACGCAGCGUCGGCGAGUGGGAGGCAGGGAAAGCUGGGCUUUCCUCGGCGUCCGACUCAACCCCGCCGCGGGCCGAGCCACCAAAGGCCCCCAAGAAGCCCGCGCCAGGACGCCGGGCUUCUGUGGAGGCAGCUUCGGCGAGCUCACCCAAAGUUUCUGCUGCUAUCAAAGAUAGGACAGCCGAGGCCAGAGCCUCCCUUCAGAAGGCUAAGAUGAGUCUUGGCACCGCACGAAACCUGAGGGGCGAUAUCAAGACCACCGUAGUUGAGGCUCUGGAUCGGCUGUACCAACUUGUCAAGGAGGCGGAAGUGGAUAGGAAGGGGAAGGCUCCCAGCAAGAGCAUGGUUGAGCCUGAACCUGAAAAAGAGUUGGAAAAGGACAGGGAAGUGGAAAAGACAGUGGAUGAGGAUAGGAUAGUGGCAGAAAUUCGGGAGAAUAGGAGACUUUUGCUGGAGAAUAGUAAACAAUUAGAGGAGUUAAAGGAGCAGGUAGUCAAACAGCGGGACACAGCCGACGUGACGACCUACGCCAGCGUGGCGGCGGCCCGGACUGUCCAGCAGCCGACCAGGUCGGCCCUGCACUCCAUUGUCGUCUCGUCUAAGGACGCAAUGGAGACAGGAGAGGAGGUGCUGCGGAGAGUCAGGGACGCCGUCAACGCCAAGGAGGGCUGGGUCAAAGUAGAUAAGAUUAGGAAAGCAAAAAAUCAAAAAGUAAUAAUGGGCUGUGCCACCGAGGAAGAGCGCAGGAAAGUUAAAGAGAGGAUCGACGGUGCGGGAGGCCUCCUCAUCGCGGAGGACAUGAAAAAUAAGGACCCGCUCCUCGUGAUGAAGGACGUCCUUUUGCUUAACAGCGACGAGGACGUCCUGAAGGCACUGAGGAAGCAGAACGGGGACACUUUUCGUGACCUCCGCGAGGGGGAGGACCGUACCGUCAUCCGUUAUAAGAAGAAGAGCAGAAACCUGCAUACAAAUCACAUCGUAGUGAGUGUUUCCCCGGCGAUCUAUCAGAGGGCAAUCGCGGCGGGAUCUGUGCACAUCGAUUUGCAGCACAUCCGCGUGGCCGACCAGUCACCGCUAGUGCAGUGUACUAAGUGUCUGGGAUACGGCCACAGCAAACGAUUUUGCACAGAGUCCGCCGACGUCUGUAGCCACUGUGGAGGCCCGCACAUGAGCACCGACUGCGCCGAGAAGCUCGCUGGCGGGGCACCUUCGUGCCGUAACUGCCAGCGAGCCAAAGCGGAGCACGUCGCGCACAACGCUUUCAGCAGCGACUGCCCAGUGCGCAAGCGGUGGGAUGCGCUGGCUAGGUCCACAGUGGCAUACAGUUAG